UCGACGACAGAAGCGGAAUCGGAAAUCGCGGUCAACAUCAAGGAUCUUUUAGCGCGCGAACCGCGAAGCAAACAGGAGCGAAGUCGACGACCUCCGAGGCUCUAACCGGCGACCUGCGCGCUGCGGCCAGCUCCGGUCUCUCUCCGGCUCUCUGCGGUUUACUGGUUCUUAAAGAUUAUCCACUUGAUUCACUUCCUGCUAUACAAGAGUUAAUUGCAUUUCGUAUUCGUGUAAUGGCGACCAAUCCUCAUGUAAUUCCAGUGCCAACAAUCCUGAAUGUUGUCUCCAAUUUACGAUUGGGUUGUGCAUUGGAUGCUCAAGAGGUUGCUGAGAGGUUGUGUAACGCAAUGAAAAAAAAUGAUGCCGCAUAUUAUCAUGAUUUUUUUACGGAGAUGACUAUCCUGAGACUUUCAGAAAGUGAAGCUGCAGGGACUACAGCUACAUGCUUUGAUUCUGGGAUGUUGGCUUGCACGGGAGCAAAGACUGUUGAUCAAUCUAUAGCCGCCACUAUGAUGUAUGCUAGGCUCAUCAAGUCGCUUGAUUUUCCUGUAAACUGUCAGGAGGAGGAUAUUCAGAUUAGGAGUAUUGUUGCUUCAUGUGAUGUGAAGUUCCAUAUCAGACUGGAUGAUUUCGCAGAACUUACUGGUGGCUCUUCAAUUUAUAAUCCAAGAUUGUAUCCACCCUUGAUUUACAGGAUGACGAACCCUAGCGUUGUACUUCUCAUAUCAGAGGGGGGAAAGAUAAUCCUCAUUGGAGCUAGGGUAAUCCAUUUUUUUCUUUCACCAUUAAAUUAA